AUGCUGAAGCAAACGACCGGUCUCUCUCCCAGUCGGCCCUGGGGGUCCCUGGCCUCUCUCCCGGCCGGCUCUGGGGGUCCCCAGUCUCUCUCCCAGUCGGCCCUGGGGGUCCCCGGUCUCUCUCCCGGCCGGCUCUGGGGGUCCCUGGCCUCUCUCCCGGCCGGCUCUGGGGGUCCCCAGUCUCUCUCCCAGUCGGCCCUGGGGGUCCCCGGUCUCUCUCCCGGCCGGCUCUGGGGGUCCCCGGCCUCUCUCCCGGCCAGCCAUGGGGGUCCCCGGUCUCUCUCCAGGCCAGCCCUGGGGGUUCACUGCUCCCUCUGCCCCCAGGCUCAGUUGGCCCGAGCGCUGUUUGACAACGUGGCCGAGUGCCCAGAGGAGCUCUCCUUCCGCCGGGGGGACCUGAUGCUGGUGCUGCAGCCCGAGGUGCCCGGCCUGGCCGGCUGGCACCUCUGCUCGCUGCACGGGCAGCAGGGCAUCGUCCCAGCCAACCGCGUCCGCAUCCUGCCCGAGCCGGGGCCCCCCGACCUCUCUCCGGCGCCCCGCAAGGAGAGUGCGCCAGCUGCCCUCUACGACCCGCCCCGGAGCCAGAGGAGGAGCAGCGCAGGGCAGAAGGAGGAGCAGCAGGAGGUGUAUGUGGUGCCCCCACCCACCCGGCCAUUCCUGACCCCCUGUGAUGAUAUCUACAAGGUGCCCCGUGCCACCCGGAGAGACAGGGACCCCAGUGAGGUCUAUGAUGUCCCCUGCUCCCUCCUGCGGGACGCCCCCCUCUCCGACACCUAUGACACCCCCUCGCCCUUCCCCAAGCAGGUGGCAGAGCCGGACACCAACCCCUACAAAGUGCCCCCCCCGGCCAAGCCGCCCCCUGGCCAGGAGGAGGAAGAGGAGGAGGAGGAGGGACGGGAGGAAGAACCAGCCCCUGUCUACGCCACCCCCUCCAACCUGCGCCGGGCAUCCGCCCUGCUCAACCUGUACGAGUCGCCUGAGGAGCUGCUAGGGGGGGAGUACGACCUGCCGGGCCCCUCCCCGCCGGAGGCAGCCCUGGGGGGGCUGAGCCUGGGCGAGGCGGGGGGUGCGGGUGGGCGUCCCCGGCUGCCCUCGGCCGAGAGCCUCUCGCGCCGCCCCCUGCCCGCCCUGCCCUCGCCUGGCGCCCCCCGCAAGGGCAGCAUUCAGGACCGGCCGCUGCCCCCGCCCCCGCCCCGCCUGGGAGGGCUGGCUGGGGGGCCGGACGAAGGGGCGGGGGAUGGGCACAGCGAAUACGAGGGGAUCCGACUGGCGGAGGAAUACGACUACGUCCACCUCAAGGGGACAGGCAGGCUCCAGCCCCCGGCUACAGACUGUGACCCCCCAGAGGAGGUGACCAGCCCCAGACCCCAACCAGAGACCCCCCUUUUGCUGGAGGAGGAAGAGGUGCCUCCCAGCCCCGAGGACGCCCAGCUGCUGCAGUUCUACGCAGGCCAGUGCCGGACGCACUACGCCACCCUCCUGGCGGCCACGGAGGCCCUGCUGGCUAGCGCCGGGGCCAACCAGCCGCCGGGCGUCUUCGUGCCGCACGGGCGCUUCGUGCUGGUCACGGCGCACAAGCUGGUCUUCGUGGGCGACACGCUGGCGCGCCAGGCAGCCUCGGCCCCCCUGCGGGCCCGGGUGGGGGCGGCCGCCGGCGCCCUGUGCCAGGCCCUCAAGGGGGCUGUGCUGUCAGUCAAGGGGGCGGCGCUGAGCUACCCCUCGGCCCCGGCCGCCCGCCUGCUCCAGGAGCACCUGGCCGAGCUCUCCCGGCGGGCCCUGGGCUUCACCAGUCUGCUCAGCACCCUGGCCCCCUCCUGACCCCCUGACACCAAUGAUCCUUGGGUGACCUCUGACCCCCUCCCCAGGGUCCUCUGUGCCAAAUAAACCCAUGACCUCUGACAAUUAGCCCUGUAUGGCCUCUGACCCCCUGCCACUUGGCCCAUCUCACCUCUAACCCCGUGCAUUGACCUCUGACAGUCCCAAAGCCUCCUAGCAAAUGAUCCCUAUGUGACCUCUGACCCCAAAGGCCCUACCCAAACCAAUUGUGACCGCAGACCAAGGCCCUCCCACAUCCAGUGUCUUACUGCAGCCUCUGACCCCUGGCUAGUUCCCCCUAAGCCAAUGACACUGGGAGCCCUGGCCUUGACCUUUAGCCUCCCACAACUGAGCUCCAUUUCCCCCUUGACCUUUGCCCUCUGUCCCACUUUGACCUGGGAGCCCCAUUAUCUUCACCCUUGAUCCCACCCAAGGGCUUCCGCUCCUGGCCUGCCCCCCCAACCAAAAAGCCUCUUGACCUGUGACCUCUGCCCCCAGUCCAGUUCCCGCCCCCCCCAAAGCCCUGACCCACUUCAUAUGGGGGAAUCUUUGUAUUAUUUAUAUUUCAGGGUCGGGACUCAUGGAGGGUGGACGGGCCUCACCCCCCAACCCCGGGGACCCCACAGUUGCUUGGGGGCAGGGCUGGCUCCAGGCACCAGCUUACCAAGCAGGUGCUUGGGGCGGCCACUUUGGAGAGGGGCGGCACAUCGGCGGCUGGUCCCUCACUCCUGCUCGGAGCAAAAGACCUCCCGCCGAAUAGCUGCCGCAGAUCGCGAUUGCAAUCGCGGCUUUUUUGUUUGGCUGCUUGGGGGGGCCAAAACCCUGGAGCCGGCCCUGCUUGGGGGGUCACGGCAAUGCCAAAGACUUGACUGUGGUUGGGUGGCAAAAGAGGACCCCCCACACACACCUGGAGAUGGCAUUAGUGUGUGGGGGCGGGGGUGUCAGCCAGCACCAGCGUGGAGCAGAGGAUUAUAGGAGACUGGCCAGGGCAAGAGGGAGCAGAGGAGUCUGGGUAAAGUCCAGCAAAGGGGAUGGUCCCCGUCCACAGCACAAACUGCUAAGAACUGAUGACUCCCCAGCCCGUGGUGCCCCCCCUCACAGCUUUGCUGGUGCCCCUCACCAGGGAGCCCAUGGGUGACCUGUUCUCUCAGGAAAGAUUUUUUCUACAUUUGUAAAUAAUAAAUCAAUGAAAAAAACCAAUUGUCUCUG